AUGGCUUGUGCCCCCUUGAACAAUGUGGAUUAUGUUCCACACUCAACAAAACCGCAAGAUAAAGAAUCCGCCUGGUUUCAUUUUCUGAUUGCAGCUAAAAGUGGUAGCACAGUAAUGUGCAAAACUUGCAGCAAAAUUAUAAAAACCAAUGGUGGUUGCACCAAAGGCCUUUGGACUCAUCUAAAUUCGGAUGUAACACUGUAUGUUAACCGCCUGAACACAGAAGAAUCAGUGAUUCCGUAUGAGUACCAUCAUUUUGAUUUUUGCACCGGUAAUGAAAUGAAUUCUCCUGUUGAAAAUUUAGGACAAGUUGUGUUUGGAGAACGCAUUCGACCAGGACCUUACAACAUUCAAUUUUUAAAAGAUGUCAGAUGUUCUUUGGUCUGCUUAAAAAAUUAUACUGGUGGUGAAAUGGAAAGUGAUCGACGAAUUAUGGUACUAAAAAAGGGAAUUAGUCUUAACUAUCAGCAUCACUGGAUCGUUGAUAAUAUGCCUGUUACUUGGUGCUACCCCUUGGAUAACGAUAAACAAUACUGUAGCACAGGCUUUCCUAUGGGUUGUUUUGUCCGGCCAGAUAGCGAUGAAGCGUGCCUUGUUAACCCUAAUUACAAUCGUCGCGGUUUUUAUUAUAUUUUUAAUCAUGUUGAUUUACGUAUCACAUACCAUGGUGAUCAACCUGAAAAUAGCGCCGGGUUCCGAGGAAAUGGUGGCCGAAUAAUAUCUGUUAAGAUAAUACCACGUUCAAUUAAUCACCUUAAUCCUUCGAAAAUAGAUUGCGAUAAUACGGACCCACUUGCUAUACAAAGUAACUCACUACGUCAUGGAGAGCAGUUUUCAAUUUCUUAUACAUAUAGCGUGCAAUUCAAUAUGGAUAAUUCGGUAAAAUGGUCAUCACGAUGGGACUAUAUUUUAGAAUCCAUGCCGCACACAAAUAUUCAGUGGUUCUCUAUCCUUAACUCUCUAAUAAUUGUGCUAUUUCUUUCGGGAAUGGUUGCAAUGAUAAUGUUACGGACACUGCAUAAGGAUAUUGCACGAUACAAUCAAAUGGAUAGUGGUGAAGAUGCGCAGGAAGAAUUCGGCUGGAAAUUAGUACACGGGGAUGUAUUUAGGCCACCGCGGAAAGGAAUGUUGCUAUCAAUUUUUCUUGGAUCUGGCGUUCAAGUUACGUUUAUGACCUUAAUCACAUUAGCAUUUGCUUGCUUGGGGUUUCUUUCACCUGCUAAUCGAGGAGCGCUUAUGACUUGUGCAAUGGUUUUAUUUGUCUCACUGGGCACACCAGCAGGAUAUGUCUCAGCAAGGAUUUAUAAGAGUUUUGGAGGAAUGAAAUGGAAAAGCAAUGUUAUUCUUACUUCAGUAGUAUGUCCUGGCGUGGUGUUUGGACUCUUUUUCGUAAUGAACUUAGUCCUUUGGCACGAAAGCAGCUCAGGAGCGGUUCCCUUUAGCACGCUAAUAGCCCUUCUAGGGCUGUGGUUUGGAGUAUCAGUGCCGUUAACUUUUGUGGGAGCUUAUUUGGGAUUUCGAAAACGGGUAAAACCAUCAACAUUUUUAUUGUUGUUACUAUUAUUAUAACUAUUAUUAUUAUUA